CAGUCUUGCUCUAACAGAAGUCGUUUAUUCACGGGAUUCGCGGGAGUCCUUAGUCGAACUCAUCGUCAUCGUACCUUAGUGAUUCUCCUUUGCGACAAGAUCUCGUAUCUAAUUUGCAAAAGAUAGAACAGAUUCGCGGGUGGAACCGUUGGGAUUUCACAAGUCUCGAUAAUCGAAACUUUCGCAAAAUCGUUGUCGCGACUGCCUAAAAAAAUCAUGACCAAGAGGCUGUGGAUCAUUCUUCUUAUCGUCGGCUACGCGGUAACUCUCUCCUCUGAUUCAAACCCGGAAUAUGUGAAGCAAUGUUCCAGGACCGACCCAAAAUUGGUAAAUUGUCUGAUUGACGCUCUGCAUCAUUUACGACCUUAUUUGAGUAUCGGAAUACCCGAAAUCGAAUUGCCUUCAGUAGAACCAUUCCGUAUGGACGAGCUGACUCUCUCUCUGACAGGUGGUGUGAACGGUUAUAAGAUUCAGCUACGCGACCUUUACAUAAAAGGGGCAAGCAACUAUACAGUGGAUGAUAUUAAGCUUGGCUCACCCUUCCAAGCUAUUGUACGAAUGCCAGCCCUUAUACUAGACGCGCAUUAUUCCAGGUAGAUAAAUUCGGCUAUACACAACUCGACUAAAGUAUC